AUGUCUCAAUUUACUAAAGCAAUAACUCCUAAGAAAAUCUUUAUGGUUGAAAAAGGAUUCUAUUCAAUUAAUUUGGAGGAUGGAACUAUUUAGAAGUUAGGACCUGAAAAGAAAAGUUACAAGUUACCCUCCUAUUCUUCACAUACAUCACCAAAAGUACAAAAAGAUUUACUAGUAACCUAAGGAUAAUCAAAUUAAGAUUCUAAUCAUAGAGUACUCAAUAUUUUUACUAUAACUAGAAUAACUAAUAAGUGAAGAAGGUUUAAGAAAAUACAAGAAAUCUUAAUUCAUAAAGGAAUAAUUGA